CUAAUGGCAACAUCCCCAGUCACAUACAAAAUGGCGGACGCAACAAAAUGAAAGGGACCUUCUUGUCAAGUUCCUGAGUUUAUUUGGUCUGAAACACUUCACUAUGAACACAAUCAACCCCUUAGCGAAUCCAAAGGGAGUCAAACUAGUUUGUGAACUAUGUCAGAAGCCAGCUUUCGUGCAAUGCACUGAUUGCCGAGUGACUUAUUACUGUGGCCCUGAACACCAAAGAGCGGACUGGCUUGGUAUACACGAGAAAAUAUGUCAGUUAUUGAUGGCCCUUCGCUCUCCUAUUCCUUUCCUGGGUUCAGAAGACGAGCGACAACACCGUAAGCAACAGCAGAUCAUUCGUCAGAAACAGAUGAUUGACUUGUGCCGUACUGAGGGCCAGAAGUUACUGUUUGAGGGGAAAUAUGACAGGGCUGUUCCUGCGGCGUUACAGUCCCUUAAAUUUUCCAUUGAUAUUUAUGGUCUGAGCAGCAUAGAGCUUGUGCCAUCAUAUCUGAUAUUAGGCGAAGCAAGUAUAGGCCUGGGCAAGCUUUCCCAAGCAGAGGAAUAUCUGGCGCAAGCAGAGUGGACAGCUCUUAAAACUCCUGGGUGUGAUAAUGCCAUCAAGUCACGUCUGUACCGUAACUUGGGGCUGUUAAAUGCUGCAAAGGGAAACUUCUCAGAUGCACUAACACUUCUUGCAGAUGAUAUCUACCACUCAUCACUGCAGCAUGGAACAGAUGACAUACAUACUUCUGGUGGAUACUUCCAUAUGGCUAAUGUUUUCAACAGACAAAACAAAUUGGAUGUUGCUUUUUCAUUGUAUAAUCAGGUGACAGAUAUCUGGUAUGAACACCUGUCAAAACUGGUGGGACAGAGAACACAGACUCCAGCCAAGCCGUCAGGCAUUGGCCCAGCAUUUAACUCUGGUAUCCCUACUGGCUUUGAUGUCCUUGAUGAGGCCCAAGAGGCAGAAGCCAUUCAGGUGAUUCAUGCAAUUCUUGAGCUUCGUGAGCAGCAAAGUAUGCAAACUCCAUCGGUCAUGUGUAAAAUAUACUUCACUGUCGCAAUGCUCCAGUUUGUGCUUGGCAACAUGCAAAAGGCCCGUGACUUUGGAAUCAAAGCUCGCACAUCGUGCGAAAAUGUCGUUUCUGGAGACGAAGAAAACAUGAAGAAAAUCGUGGAAUUUCUCGUAGCCGUGGAGAGGAUGUUAUGAUGGCAAAAAGGAAAUGAAGGCGUCACCAUAGUGACGGCGCAUGCGCCGUUUUGUUUAGCCUAGUUUAUUAUAUAACGUAUGAUGUAACGAAAGUGUUCUUUAGGCCACUCUGAAGGAGCAUGUUUGUUGUACAAAUAUUUGUAUUUAAUUGUAAAUAGAUUACAUUUGAACUUAAUUAAAUUAGGCCCUUGCUUUAACCCAGAGUUAUUUUGGGUAAACAGAACGAAAGUGAUAGUCCCGUGCGACUGUGCCGUGAAUAUUCUUGUUUAACUGGGUAUUUUUAGCAAUGAACAUUGUCUACAAGAAGCGAACAAGUGACUGCAUCACAUUAUAAUCUGUUCAUAACCUGUUUAAUAAACAACAUUUGAAUAAAUAUCAAAUAGUUGA